UUUUUCAAUUAAAAACCAUUGCAAGUCCACUGGCUCCAUCAGACUGCUGAUCUGCAGACACAUUUAAGAUGUGCUGCUUUCAUACAUGGUUCAUUUUGCUUCUUGUUCUUUUCAGUUUUACCCCCUGUCAUACAGAAAUAUCCUGCAAGAAUGAAGAUGGGAAACCUGUUGACUGGUUCAUCAUGUACAAAUUACCCAAAUAUAAAAUUGAUGAUGUUGGAAGUGGACUCGAAUACAUGUACUUGGACUCCUCAGAGGAGGGCUGGCAGUUGAGCCAGUUUCUGGUCAAUUCCAGUCAGGGAGCCCUUGGCAAUACACUGAAACCACUGUACACAAGAAGGGGACUCAAGUCCAACAGGUCAGCCUAUGUGUUGUACAAUGAUGCCCCUCCCUUGAUGAAUUACACACGUCAGUAUGGACAUACAAAAGGAGCUCUACACUUUGACCAGUCUCAAGGCUUCUGGCUCAUCCACAGUGUCCCCCACUUCCCACCAUUUCCAGAAAGGGGAUAUUCCUGGCCUUCCACUGGCCAACACUAUGGCCAAACUGUGCUUUGUGUCACUUAUAAAUAUGGACAGUUUCCUGAAAUAGCCCAGCAGCUCCUAUACUAUAAUCCCCAUGUGUACAACUGCUCCUUGCCUGUGGAGUUCCAGAAAGACAUGGCCAGCCUGGCUCUCCUUUGUGAUGGCUCCAAGUUGCCAUGGGUCUCUAAGAGAAUGCAGGGACUGAUUUCAGCAAAAGGAGAACACUUCCUUAGUUUUGCUAAAUCAAAAUUCUACGUUGAUGACAUAUACACGGGAUGGGUAGCUCAGACCUUGAAGACUGAUCUGUUAGCAGAAACCUGGCAGCACAGCUAUCAUGUGCUGCCUUCCAACUGUUCUCUCCCCAAUCAUGUAAUGAACAUCCAGCGGAUCAAAUUACCGGGGCCAAUUCAGUUCAAAUCCUCUUUCGAUCACUCGAAAUGGUGCGUGUCACGGAUGUACAAGGACCGCUGGACAUGUCUGGGGGAUAUGAACCGGGAUGGCCCACAGAUUUGGAGAAGUGGGGGUCUGGUUUGUUCACAGAACCCGAUCAUCUAUAAAGCCUUCCGCCAGGCUGUAGCCUGGUACAUCAGCUGUUGAGACAAACUGCAACAGGAGCCUUUCGCAAUCCUUAUUCUUCAAUACUUGUACUAUGAAUUGCUUUUCAUUAGCCAAGCUAAGCCACUGUAUGGUGGUUAAAUAUUUCAGAGUAGGCUCUCAAUAAAAAUAACUAACCCUGAAAUGGGGGCUAUGCAUAAAAACGUCUGUAUUUUCUACAUAAUGAAACCAAAAUGUAUAAAAUAUUGUUUUAUUAAAAGCUGACAAUGUUUAACCACAUAUUAAUUGUUUGAUUACCAACCUAAAAUUAUGUUUGCAGGAUUCAAUGAGUUGUGGUUUCAUCAUGUCUUAAAUACACUUAUUUUGUCUAUGUAGCAUUUCUACAUGGAAGUGUAAAUAAACCUUUUUCAGCAAAUCUUGUAA